GAGAAGAGCAGAUUAAAAUAUCACACAAAAAUAGCAAUAAAGAGAUUUGCACCUAGAUCUGUUUCAAACGAAGUAUCCUCCGUCAUUUUCAUAUUACUUCACAAUUAUGCCACAGUUAGUGUUAGUAACAAAUCCACAAAAAAAAUAUAAAGUGGAACAUUUAACAUUUCCGAGGCACCGUGUCUGCGAUUCAACGGCAAAGUUAUGUGAUUCAGUCAAAUGUAACAUAAGAGGUAAUAAACAUAAGCUAUGAAGUCAGAAUUGCGAAAUAUGAAACCAUGAUUGUGAAUUUCUGACAUAAGUUCAAAAGUUUACGAAGACCUAUUUAUAAUUUAUAAUAGCAUGUAUAGUUGUCAAAAAAUAUUCACGUUUUAACUAAAUAUUUUUUCUAAUGUCACAUUUUCUAGUCCCAUUUAAUAGUUAUUACGGUGAUAAGGUCAAAGUAAUUUUUAAAUUGAAGUUAUGGUCAUGAUCAAACACUAAUUCCGACUUGGUAGACACUGAAAGACUUAAUUAUGACUUAAUUAAUUACGACACAAUGUAUGGGCUUGUUUUUCUGUCAUGUAGCGGAAAAUGCCUCCGCAGAAAUACCAAACAUUUUGAACAAAGAUUUCUUUACUACUCAGUAACAGCCAGUAUGUGGUUCGCUGUGCUUCAACCACGUUCGGCUCCAGGUUUGACACUCAUGCGGCCAUGUGAGCCGUAUUUACGCCCCGAAAUGAGCCAAUCACGGGCGGCGUGAGUCACGGUGGGGGACAGCCGGCUGUAACUCCUCUCUGUUCGGUAGCAGCGGUUAUUCUCCAUCCUCCACUUCUGCCAAACAUGGCCGAAUCCUCCGGGAGCAACAAGGCAGCGGGGCGCGUAGGAUACAUCACCCGAGUCCAGAGCUUCAGCGCCUGCCACCGGCUCCACAGUCUUCACCUGAGUGACGAGGAGAAUAAAGAAGUCUACGGAAAGUGCAACAAUCCCUACGGUCAUGGACACAACUACAAGGUGGAGGUGACUGUACGUGGAAAAAUUGAUCCCGUCACCGGCAUGGUCAUGAAUCUGACGGACCUGAAGAGGUGUAUUGAGGAAGUCAUCAUGAUUCCUCUGGACCACAAAAACCUGGACAAGGAUGUUCCGUACUUUGCCAACGUUGUGAGCACCACGGAAAACCUGGCCGUUUACAUCUGGGACAACAUGGCGAAGGCUCUUCCCGCCAGCCUGCUCUACGAGAUCCGGGUUCACGAGACGGAUAAGAACAUCGUAGUAUACCGAGGAGAGUGAGCUGCAGGAGCUUAAAGUCAGUUCUGAUUCUGUUCCUCAACUGACGGGAGGCUCAAAUAAUGUGAUCUUAAGUACGUUUGGCAGAGUAUGAAGGUUUUUCCAUUUAAUUUUAUCCUUAAUUGUCAUUUAAUGUUCAGGGGCCUCAUGCAUAAAAGAGUGCGCAGUUUUCACACUAAAACUUGGCGUAUGGAAAAAUUUAGAAAAGUGCAAAGCACAAAAAAAAUCGGAGGCAUAAAGCCGUCCGCGCACCUUUCCUUUUUAAAUCAUAAUUUGUGGGAAAUAGAGCGCAGCUGCUGGCCCGCCCUGUCGCCACCCAUAAAUACAUAUGAAUUAGUAUAAAUACCCGGAAGUCUCUCACCACGUGAAGCAGUAACCAUGGCAACGUCCUUGUUCGAAGCAGUAUAAGUAUUUAUAAUAAUAAGAAUUAUAUAUUUUUAUUUAAAAGGUGCUCUGAGGACACAUAAUGUCACCUCAUAAAAAUAAAAAAAACAUUUUAAAGAAAAAAAAAAUCCAAAUU